AUGUCCUCCCAGUCUUCAUCCCCCGCCAUGUCAGCCCCGGCCACACCGCCCAGCAUUGUCACGAAUGAGGUCACCGUUGUUUCCGGAGACUUCCUGCGUGCUGCGGAGCCGUCCAUUGUAUCGGGUGCGACGCAGCGCCGGGGCUCCGUCGCCGAUGCUGUGGGAAUCGAUCUGGACGCCAUCGGAAAGGGUGAGGCGCUCUACGAUUCGCAGAGUGUGGCCGGAAAGCUGACAAACGAGCAGCGGAAGCACGGAAAAUCAUGUCCGAAGAGCACAGAAUAUUGGGGUUCCGGCCACCACACGGGCAACCCCACAAAGCUCCCUGAUCCUGUGAAGUUAAAAGAGCUCGCUCGUCAGGACGCCGUCCGCAUCCUCGCCGAGCGGAAGACAAACGUUGAUCCGGAUUCACCGACAAAGGCAAACGGCAACGGUGUAGCGAAAGCAGCAAAGAUAUCCCCACCGGUUGGAGGCGUCAACCUUGCCACCAUCAGCGCAGCGGAAGCACGCACCCUCAUGUCGCACGAACACCGCGCUCUCGGAUUCCGUCCGCCACCGGGCUCGCUUGCGGCGGAGGCGCAGGCGGCCGCUGCCAAACACCCAGAGGGACCUGGGGUGUCGGUGGAUCCGGACACUCUGAAGGAAAUCGCACUACGAGACGCUGAGCGUAUCAAGGCAGAUCGGGAGCUCAAUAUAGUCAAUGAAGUGAACGUGAGCACGCUGGGUAAGGUGGGCGCAGAGCGUAUUGCGGAGGCGGAAGAGGAAGCUUUUGGCCGCUCACCUCCACCGGGCUCGCUGGCCGACGAGGCCAAGCGUGCAGCGAAUGCACACCCUGAAGGGGGUAGCUUCCCGGUCAUGGACGGAGACCCUGAACGGUUGGAAGAGGCAGCACGUCGUGACGCGCGGAGACUAGAAGCCGAGACACAGGGCGACAUAGAGAAGCCGAUGGAGAUCCGCGUGGAGGACGUUGCCGCUGUCACCAAUGGUGUAUGCGAGAUCAGUAUCGAUGGGGGCGGGAAACAGGAGAACCCCGAGAAGUACGCGAUGAAGAGCGGUGUCGGAAGCGUCCUCCGCCAGUCGACCAUGCAGCGCACGGAGACAGGCGACUCGGUGGAGAUCGUUGGGGACGUUCUCUGA